AGAACAUUCCGCAUGAACCGAGCUCGUAAAACCAGCAGUUGUGGAUGUUUUCGCAGUGCAUUUUGUCUUCUCAAACCAUCCACGUCAUCAGCAUCAGAAGAACACGGUGACAGUGAUAAGAAGCUGUUAUCAGUACAAUUGAUCACACCCAGGGAUGAGGAAGAACAGACAUCAUCUCGCUCGAUCAAAAUCCCUCCACUGGACCUUAAUGGACUUGAUUGCAAAAAGAAUGCAGUAGCUGCUCGAAGAGCCGGGCGUCGGAGGACUUCUGAAGGUGGUGGAGUGAGAGGGAAAGGUCAUUUUGCAGAAGUUGUUUUAGACGGUCUUCAACGUCCAGUUAGUCUUCUUCGGAAUCAGAAGGAAAAAUCGAAUUCGGAUGAUAACUGUCAGGAGAAAGAGCCCACGUCACCUUCUUCAUCGCGGAAAAAGAGCUAUGAUAAUGCACCGGCACUGGAGUCACUUGAAAAACUUCGCUACAUCCUGCACCAGCUCAACAGCGGGCAGCUUCCCCUCGAAGACCUGAAACGAAACAUUGAAUAUGCGGCGUUGGUGCUCGAAACUGCAUAUAUGGAUGAGACGAGACGAAUAUGCGACGAAGACGAUGAUCUAGCCGAAGUCACCCCGGAGACAGUACCCGAUGAAGUUCGUGAGUGGCUUGCUGCAACGUUCACUCGCCAGAACGCCGGAAAAAAAAGGGAUAAGCCAAAGUUCAAGAGUGUUGCCAACGCGAUUCGAACCGGAAUCUUCUUCGAGAAGCUCUUCAGAAAACAGCAAGUUGUUCAAUGUCCAAUUCCACCUGAAAUCGCAGAACUUAUGAAGGAAGUGUGCACGUGGUCGUUCAGUCCAUUCCAGUUAAAUGAAGUCUCCGAGGGUCACGCGUUGAAAUACGUUGGAUUCGAAUUAUUCAACCGAUAUGGAUUUAUGGAUCGAUUCAAGGUUCCGUUGACAGCACUGGAGAAUUAUUUAUCCGCGUUGGAAGUUGGAUAUUCAAAACAUAACAAUCCAUAUCACAAUGUUGUUCAUGCAGCUGACGUCACUCAGAGCUCACACUUUAUGCUCUCGCAAACUGGAUUGGCGAAUUCGCUCGGAGACUUGGAACUUCUCGCGGUGCUCUUCGGAGCCCUCAUCCAUGACUACGAGCAUACCGGACACACCAACAAUUUCCACAUCCAAUCUCAAUCCCAAUUUGCAAUGCUUUACAACGAUCGAAGCGUCUUGGAGAAUCACCACGUUUCAUCAUGCUUUCGGUUGAUGAAGGAGGAUGACAAGAAUAUUUUGACUCAUUUGACUCGAGAUGAGUAUAAAGAGUUGAGGAAUAUGGUCAUUGAGAUCGUCUUGGCAACCGACAUGUCAACUCAUUUCAUGCAGAUAAAGACGAUGAAGUCCAUGCUGAGCUUGCCGGAGGGAAUUGACAAAAACAAAGCAUUAUGCCUAAUCGUCCACGCUUGCGACAUAUCUCAUCCAGCAAAACCAUGGAAUCUUCACGAACGUUGGACAGAAGGAGUUCUAGAGGAAUUCUUCCGUCAGGGAGACCUCGAAGCCUCAAUGGGACUACCGUACUCCCCGUUAUGUGAUCGUCAUACUGUACACGUGGCUGACAGUCAAAUCGGAUUCAUUGAUUUUAUUGUGGAACCGACGAUGGUGGUUUGUGGAGAGUUGCUCGUGAAAAUGGUUGAACCGCUGGUCUCAUUGCCUCCAACAGAUUCUCUAUUCCCACCAAGUGUCGAUGGAGGAGACGACAAAUCACCAUCAAAUGCGUUGAGUCCACUACCUGAUCUACGCAACUCAUCCACUUCACCAUCGUCGAUUCGUAGGAUUCCGUUGAAUUACGCUGGAAAAUUGGAUAUUCCGACGCCUUGGAUGAAAUUCCUUCACGAGAAUAAGGCUCAUUGGAAGGAAAGAGCUGCGAAAGAAGAAGAAGAGCGAAAAAUCAAAGAAGCUGCAGAAGCUGAAGCUGCCGCCAAACAAGUCGAAGAAAACAAAGAAAAUGGCGUCACAACGAAUUGAUACACACAUCUUCCCAAACACAUUCAGAUUUCGAGAAAUUUUACAGAAAACGUUCCGAACUUUUUUCCCCCCGAUCAGUAUUAUUUAAUUAUUUUUUUCAGACUAUUUUUACUAAAACUUUUGAAUAUAAAUAUCGAUGAACAUUUUUUUUGUAAAUAAUAUUUUGAAGGCUAGUAAUUCAAUAAAAUAUUGAUUUUUCACGAGAA